AGCCGCAGCAUGAGCCGGUGAGAUCAGAUCAGCCCGGCGGGCGGCGCAUUGCUACCUGGCUGGGAUCCUGCACGGCUUUUCCACACAGAGUUUGAGAAGUGAAGUGCUCUGGACUUCCUGGUACGGGACCAUGGACGCUUUCUGCUCCUGUUUGUCCGGGGAAAUACCCGCAGCGAUGUAACCGAGAGGGACCCGUCGAGUUGAGAGCAAGGUCAUGAGUGCCUCUAGGAAAGAUCCAGUGGAGAAUAACCUCACCUGUCCAAAGCCCUGCCCUAACUGGGCUGCACCCUGCCCCCCACCCCUGGCCUCCCAUCAUGACGUCUGAUACCGAGCAGGAUGCGGCGGUGAAACUGGACCAGGAGCGGGCUGAGAUCGUCGCCAAAUAUGAUAAGGGAAAAGAGGCCACCGUGGAGCCUUGGGAGGACACCAACUUCCACCUGUACAAAGUCGUCGAUCGCUUCGGCUUCGUCCAUGAGAAUGAACUUCCAUCCUACGACUCAGUGGAGGAGAAGCAAAGACACACAGAGGUGGAGAGGACCACCAAAUGGCUGAAGAUGCUGAAGAGCUGGGACAAAUACAAGAACAGUGAAAAGCUGGUCCGAAGAAUUUAUAAGGGAAUCCCCCUGCAGCUCCGGGGGGAGGUGUGGUGUCUGCUUCUCGACAUUCCCAAAAUGAAGGAGGAAAAGAAAGACUUCUACGAGAAGCUGAAGGCCAGGGCCAGAGGAGUGUCCCCCGACAUUCGACAGAUCGAUCUGGAUGUAAACCGCACCUACAGGGAUCACAUCAUGUUCAUGCAUCGCUAUGAUGUCAAGCAGCAGGCUCUCUUCCACGUCCUCACAGCCUACUCCAUGUACAACACGGAGGUCGGCUACUGUCAGGGAAUGAGUCAGAUCACGGCUCUGCUGCUCAUCUACAUGAACGAAGAGGAUGCCUUCUGGGCUCUAGUCAAACUACUGUCUGGGCAGAGGCACACCAUGCACGGGUUUUUUGUCCCUGGUUUCCCAAAAUUGAUGCGUUUCCAGGAGCACCAUGACCGCAUCCUCAAGAAGAUGAUACCGAAACUGAAACAGCACCUGGACAGUCAAGAAGUGUACACCAGCCUCUACACAAUGAAGUGGUUCUUCCAGUGUUUCCUGGACAGAACUCCGUUCACCCUCACCCUCAGGAUUUGGGAUAUCUACAUCUUAGAGGGUGAAAGAGUGCUACCUGCCAUGUCCUACACUGUCCUAAAACUGCACAAGAAGCACCUAAUGAAGUUGACCAUGGAGGAUCUGGUGGAGUUUCUGCAGGUGACUUUGUCCAAAGAUUUCUUUUUAGACGAUGACAUCGUGAUUGAGCAGCUGCAGGCGUCCAUGACAGAGCUCAGGAAGGCCAAGCUGGAUCUGCCAGCACCAGGUAAAGAUGAAGAGUUCCCUAAGAAGCCUCUGGGUCAGCUUCCUCCUGAGCAGUCACCACCUGUGGUGAACCACUUUCCUAAUGGAGAGAGCCACGCUGAGCCGGCCGAGCCCCCCAGAGAACCCAGUCCUGCACGGGACCCUCAGCGGGACAGUCGGCCCCCCAGUCGGGCGCGCAGAGACUCGCUGGAUAAGCCGAUCCGCCACCACAAGGCUCGCUCCAGGGGAUCAGGAGAGAUCCCCAUCGAGCAGCAGAGGCAGCCCACCACACCUGAGAGGAGGUCAACACCCCCGUCAGCCCCCACCCCCGUACAGACAACCACGGUGGAUGGAGGGAAGACUCAGAGCAACGCCACCGCCAACCACAACUCCAACGCAGCCUCCAGCUCUCGCAGAGAGAUCACCCCCCGCUGGUUCAAACCCUCCGAGACCAAACUGGAAGCAGCAAAGGCAGCGGCGGCCCGGGAGGUCCAACUGAGUCGAGCAGCAUCGCCAGUUCCUUCCAGCCCGGACGACACGGGACUGUCCCACCGCCGACCGCGCUCCAAGGGCUUCGUCCCCGGCUCUAAUCGUGGGUCCAACGCCUCCCAGUACGACAACGUGCCAGGAUUUCCCGAACAGGAUUUUGAGAUCCUGGAGCUCGAUAGACCUCCGUCCAGAAUGAGGCCCCAUCGCUCUGAGACUCCGUACAGCGUGUCUUCCAUGCAUCAGGGCAGCCCCAGUAGGGGGCCCAGCCUGGCAGGAAGCGUGGUCUCCAUCACGUCGGGGCCUCGGAUGGCCAAACAGCCUCUUCAUCCUCCAUUUUCACACAGUAAUCCUGCAGGGAUCCAGACCAGCUACCCUGGCAGUCAGAGCCAGUACCACAGCCCCCCCCACCAGCAGUCUCCAGGUAGAAACACCACCGAGGUCCCCAUCCUCCACCCUGCCUACAGUGUGAACCUGGAUCACAGAGCGGAGGACAGACACUAUGCCAUGCCCUCCCGGUUCUCGCCGUCCUCCGGGGUGACGUACGGGGACCGAGGGUACGCCACCACCCAGCGACAGCCCAACAGUGUUUCCCCAGAAAAGGUUCUCAUGAACAAUUCCUUUGCCACCUACCGUAGACAGCCACCACCCAGCUCCACCCAUAACCCACGAAGCGCUAGGCCCCCCCAGGAGCAUUCCCUGCACCUGGAACCCUCAGGGACCUCCACCCCCAUCUACCUGCAACAGCUCACCUCCACUGCGCAGGUCUACGCUCCCGUGGACUAUAGGUAUGAGGGGCAUCGCAGAGCCGAGCAGAACGCACUCCACCUGACGGAGGGAAGGCAACGGCGCCCUGUAGAUGAACUCCCGUGGGUGGAGGAUGAGUUCCCCCCUCCAUCCCCCGGCGGGAUGCCCCGAUCGCCCAGCUUUCAGCGAGCCCAGAUGUCCCCGGUGCAGGAGUUCACCUUUCCCGAUAACUCAGAGAACCUGCUCCACUACAGGACACAGUUCCAAGAGCAGCAGCCUGUCAUAAGGCAACAGCUCCCCCAGCUGUUCGGAGGACCACAUUACAGGCACGCACAGGAGGCGUUCGCCAUGCAGGAGUCGAUGCUCCUGUGAUCCACAUCCAGAGACGGCGAGACACUGUAAGAACUGAGGAGUAGUCAAUGACACUGUGGUGAAGGCAAGCAGAUGUGCUCACUUUAAGAGUCUGGUUUUGUUUCUGCUCUUUAGUUUCUGUUCUUUAUGUGUGAAAUACUGACGUUCUGUCGACCUGCAGGACACACCAGCCUCUGAUGUUUUUACUGAUCAAUUUAAAGAGAAACAAAACUGACUGAAGAUUUAAUUUUAUUUUUGGAUGUAAAUCAUUAAUGAAAAGGUGACAGUAUAAAUCUUUUAGUCUGUACAGUGGAUUUUGAUGUUAUUAUGCUGAGAUGUUCAACUUUAUCUGUAGAUGGGUCGAAGAGAGACCAGGACCCGGAUUUAAUUCCAUCUUUAUUUUUUUAUGUUACUUACAGAUAUUUACAUUAGAGAUCGAUUUACUCUAUAUGCUUGUGAAUGUCAUUUUUCAAGGAGAAGAAAUUAUAUGUUUAACAAUAGAAUUAGUGAGUAUUGAAGAAUGGGUCACUGUAAGGUAUGAUUUCAUUUCAAUUCUCAAGCACCUCCAUGAGCAGGGUUUGUAGUUUAAUGACAUUUUUCAUCAAGUUUUGGUUGUUGUUCAGUUUCAGAGAUAUUUUUUAUUCCUGAUAACCUGAUAUAAAUGCAUUUCUGUCACAUGUGAAGUACAGUCCUUUGGAUAUUUACAUUCAAGGCCAGUCUUGUUCUUUGGUAAAAUUCUGACAUUAGAUUAGACAUUCAAGGAAUAGAGAGCUAAUUUCGAGGGCUAAUAACAUACACAUAUAUGUAUGUAAACAUAUAUAUUGGUUUGAUGGCUUUAAGUCAUCUGAUUUGCUGUGUAACCAUAGGUAACAUGUUUUUUAUGGCUUUACUGUAGUUACAUCUUGAGCACAGGCAGCCAGAAAUGGAUGUUUUCUUUACUUGAUUACUGUAUGUCUUAUUAUUCAACACUGUCAUAUCAACUACUGCUCAGCUGCUGGCACCUCCAAUGGCAAAAACACACAGGGCUGCAACCCACAGUUACUUUCAUUAUCGAUUAAUCUGCCAAUCAUCAAGUCCAAUAAAAGACAAAAAUGGUCGCCUGAAAUGUGAUCAGACCACCAACCAGCAAUUGACGACGAAAAAACUGAUGAUUGAAAUUUAAAAACUGAUGAUUUGAAAAAUUAAAAAAAAAAUUAAACUCCUCUGAGAGGCUAAAAAGAGGGACCACAGUGCAAAAAUAUUUACAUUUAUUUUUUGCUUCACUGAAUCAAAAAGCAAAAGUCUGCAUAAAAGUGAGAUGAUUAAUCGAUUCUGAAAAUAAUGUCAUAUUGCUCUUAUUAUACUACUGUAUCCUACUCAACGGAUUAGUUGUUGCAGCGCUCCGUACAGUCAGACACAAAUGCACACACUACAUAGACACAAAUGUGCGAAUCACACAUUUGAUAUUUAACGAUAUCGUACAUUACCUGUUAUUUCUCAUACUCUGGUUCUGUUGCAGAAACUCUCAAUCAGUAUUGUCAAACUGUUCAUUACAUUCCCUGACGUAUCUUUGUUUAUGUUUAACAACUAAUUGCAGACCAUUCUGAUACUUUGCUUAAUAAAAAAAAAAAGUGGGUGAAAGUGAAA